AUUCUCGUUUGUCUCCAAGUCUCAUUGCUGGACGUCACCUAUACCGAUUUGUGGAUUUCUAAAUCGUUACCCGACAUGACCAGAACCAUCUGAGCAUAUAACACAUUUUUCACACUCAGAUUGCAGAAGCCAUGGAUUAUCUGAAGCCUUCCUUCGUUAUGCUGUUGCUAGUACAUUUCUCAUACUUGACAGAGGCGCAGAGGCGCAUUAAUUGUACCGAGGGCACUACCAGACAAACUUUAGUGAUAAACAAUAUAAGGGUGGCAUGCUGUAUUCCUGAUUCACUACGAGGGAUAGCACGGUGUGUCAAAGACAAUGUCUACGUUACAGAUGCCCCAAUUACAGUCACCACUACUAAAAGACAGAUUACAACAGUCGUACGAACUGAAAUAACCACUAACACCAUCACUACAACCGAGCCACUUGUAACAACCACGCCCACUACCACCACUGUUGCACCAACCACUACACAAGCAGAGGACGUCACCGAGGGAUCCGGAGAAGAGACAAACGUCGGGAACGCAGAAGAGGGAGACGAGCAAGACAACCCUGCCUCCACCGGACUGUCUAUAGGGAUACCUCUGGUGGUGCUGGCUGCUGUUGUCAUGGCGGUAUUGCUACUCAGGGUCAGAUACAAACGAAAGAAGAAUCCCUUAGAUGAUACAAAGAACUUGACAAGUAAUGGCCGUGUAUAUGUCAAACCCGCAGCAGAAGGUGCAACUUCACAGGAUAAUGAAUCGUAUCAGGAUUUUGAACAGAACGUCUCCACCUCUCCUCCUGAAGCAUAUGACAGUCUUCAUCUCUACGGAAAUACUAUGGAACCCCAACAUGCCUAUGAACAAGUACCUGAAAAACGAGAUAAGGUCUCGUAUGAGUCUUUACACAUGUACAGCAACUCCAAUAUAGGACAAUCAGAUUAUGAUACUCCAACGACACGACCUAUUUACGCAAACCUUACGGUCCAAAGCCAACGAUGAAUCCUUGUACAAAACAUAUUUGUUGCUCCGUGAGAUUAGAUAAAAAUACAUCUACCGAAAUGCGCUGUUUAUCAGUACAAAUUUUCAGAGUGGAAACGUCAGUAAAAAAUAGGAAAACUGCUCUAAGCAGCUGUUUGUUUUGUGCCUGUGGAAUAGUUCGUUACGUGUCUAUUUAAACAGCAUUAAAAAACAGAGCGUUUCCACUGUUCAUCCCGCACAGAAUGAGAAGAACAAUUCUGAAGUUGAUGAACAUAGUUGUUACUGCUGUUGAGGUUCGGAGAGAAGCAGUUUGAGAGAAAACGGUUGUAAGUCAGUCGAUCUUCAUACAUAAAGUAUACUGACUGGAAAAGCGGAAAGUAAGUUAUGUGAACAACUACCUCAAAUACAUCAAUAUUCAGUCAAGGACUGUAAACAUUCCUAUAAAUUAUAUCACCCGUGAAUUUUUGUUUCUGUAAAUCCCAUCAUUUCUGUAAAUUAACAUACUUGUAUAAAUAUCUCUC